AUGACCCAGGAACAGUAUAUCCUUGCGGCGCAGCCCAACCCGCUCCACCAGCGGGGGGCGUCGGUGUGUGGCACUCAGGUUUACCCAGCAGUGGGGAUCUACGGCUGGAGGAAGAGAUGUUUGUACUUCUUCAUCCUCCUACUCCUCGUCACCAUGAUCGUCAACCUGGCACUGACCAUCUGGAUCCUCAAAGUCAUGAACUUCACUCCGGAUGGUAUGGGGAAUCUGCGGGUGACCAAGGAAGGUGUCAGAUUGGAGGGAGUGUCUGAAUUCCUAUUGCCUUUGUACGUCAAAGAGAUCCAGUCUCGAAGGGUAAGACCACAUUGGCUACAGUCUUCUUUAACCCGUCCUGUCUCUUUCUUUUCUUCUUACAAUGACAUGCUCUGUCAACAAAUUACAGGAAUUUCUGGAGUGAAGGCUCAGUGUCAGAGGUUUGAGGUGAGGAGUACAGAUGGAGAGAAAGUUCUGUUCUCUGCAGAUGAAGAGGAGAUCAGCAUUGGCACUGAGAAACUUAGAGUCACAGGGAAUGAAGGAGUGGUGUUCAGCCAUUCUGUAGAGACAUCACAUGUGAGGGCAGAACCAUUCCAGGACUUAAAGCUAGAGUCCCCGACUCGUACCCUGACCCUGGAGGCCCCGAGAGGGGUGGAGGUCAAUGCUGGAGUGGGAGACUUCACAGCAUCCUGUAGGAAAGACCUCCUGUUGCAGUCCUCGGAAGGAGAGAUUUUUCUAGACGCCAACACCAUCAGGCUGGGCAGCAUUCCCCUCGGCAGUGCUGUGGACCCCCUGGAGGGGGCACCUGCAGGUACUACCUACACCAAACAGACUGUGUACGAGCUUUGUGCCUGCGCUAAUGGCAAGCUCUACCUGUCCCCGGCUGAGAAAGGCUCUACUUGCCAAACCACCAGUAACUUUUGUCUCUGGAGCUGAAAGUGGGAGGUUGACAGA